UUUCCAAUCUAUAACCUCUGUGAUCUGUGGGUUAUGUGUAAACGAUUGUCAAAAUUCAAGAUGACUUUAAACUUCUAAAAUCAGAAAAAUCCAAAUUCCGGUUCGGUUCAACAUUCAAAGUAAAAGCGGCGAAAUGGCUCAAAAGACUAUAUAUGAAGCAGCGCAUAAAGGCGACUUUUAUGCAGUGGCGAAGCAACUGGAAGAAAAUCCCUCAUUAUUGAACGCUAAAGAUUCUAGUCAGCGAAUUCUGCUGCAUUGGGCAUCAGUAGGGGGCAAUUUGAGAUUAGUAACUCAUCUACUAGAUCUGGGAGCCGUAGUUGAUCCUCUGGAUGACACUGAAACAACCCCGUUGAUUUUGGCCAGUUCGGCUGGCCACACUCAAAUAGUAGGCCUAUUGAUAGAAAAAGGGGCGCAGCUCGACCAGCAAACGGCCAAUGGACACUCCGCCCUACAGUAUGCUGCUUCCAAAGGAUGGUUUCCAAUAUGUAUUAGACUCCUAGAGAACGGGGCCAAUAUUAAUAUAGCCGAUAAGCGUGGCGGCACGCCUUUGCAAAGAGCGGCUUCCAAAGGCAAUUUGGAGAUCGUCAAGCUGCUUUUGGAACACAAGAGUGAUUUGAAGAUCAACCACAGGGACUUUUAUGGAUAUUCUGCCCUUCAUCUCGCUUGCGAAGAGGAUAGGCAAGAUGAGGCUCUGUUGCUCGUUAAAAAUGGGGCCGACUUGAAUUUACAAAACAAAGACAGACGAACUCCUUUGGAUCUAUGCAGUAACCAUUUAGCUAAGCUGCUAAAAGCAGCGCAACUGAACUGAAACUAUAUGUUAACUUUAAUAUAAUUUAAUUAAUCAGCA